GUGGUCCUCUUUUGUUUUUUUUGUUUUGGUCUAUACCCUCCUUCCAAAUUCCUAUUCCCCCCCUCUCCAAGCAAAAAUUGCUGACCAUUUUCGGUGGCUUUUCUUUGGGGUUGGCAAUGGAUGGAAAGCUGCUUUAUGAGUUCUCUCACCAUUUAUGUUCCAUUGAAAUUCUGGGUCUGUGAUUACUGAUUACAAUUGGCCAUGAGUCCUUUUUGGGUACUGGUAUUUGUGUUUUUCAACAACGGGUACUUCUUGGAUGGACUGAGCACACAAAAUUCUAAAAGGCCUGAUGUCGUGAAAAUUGGGUCCAUAAUCACUUUUGAUUCUGUAAUCGGAAAAGUUGCGAAAGUUGCGAUGGAAGCCGCGAUCGAUGAUGUGAACUCCAAUCCAGUUGUUCUUGGAGGAACCAAGCUCAAACUGACUAUGCUUGAUGCCAAUUAUAGUGAGUUUAUGGGCAUUAUUCAAGCUUUGCAGGUCAUGGAGACCGAUAAUGUGGCCAUUAUCGGCCCUCAAUCUUCUGUCACAGCUCAUCUCAUUUCACAUAUUGCAAACAAGCUCCAAGUCCCUCUCCUAUCCUUUGCAGCAACGGACCCCACCUUGUCUUCGCUUCAGUAUCCGUUCUUCGUGAGAACAACACAGGAUGAUUGGUACCAAAUGGCUGCCAUUGCAGACAUUGUCGAGUACUACAAAUGGAGAGAAGUAAUAGCAAUCUACACCGAUGAUGAUUAUGGGAGGAACGGAAUAUCUGCAUUAGCGAACCGACUUGCCACAAAACGCUGUCGAAUCUCUUACAAAGCACCAAUGAACCCUCAAGCCAGCCGAAGUGACAUCAUGGAUGUAAUGGUUAAGGUGGCUUUAGCUGAAUCUAGGAUUCUGAUUGUUCACACUUAUCCCACUGGGGGAAUAGAUGUAGUUGAUGUGGCACAUCAUCUUGGGAUGAUGGGAAGUGGGUAUGUUUGGAUAGCUACAAAUUGGCUCUCUACUGUCCUGGACACUUAUUCGCCACUCCCUUCAGGAACAGUGGAAAAUAUCCAAGGGUUAAUCACGCUGCGUAUGUACACCCCAGAUUCUGAAAUGAAAAGGAAUUUUCUUUCUAGGUGGAAGAAUUUGACAAAUAACCUAACGGGUAAUGGCCCUUUUGGCUUGAACACAUACGGUCUCUAUGCCUAUGACACUGUUUGGAUACUUGCAAAUGCGGUCAAUGCCUUUUUUAACCACGGCGGAAAUAUUUCGUUUUCCAAUGAUUCGAGGUUAAGUGAGCUAGAUGGAGGAAAUCUGCAUUUAGAUGCUAUGAGCAUCUUUGAUGGAGGACAAUUAUUGCUUGACAGCAUUUUAAAGGUCAAAUUGACUGGUUUAAGUGGUCAUGUAAGUUUUACUUCAGACAAAUCCCUCAUUCGUCCUGCAUAUGAAGUGAUUAAUGUGAUUGGAACUGGCAUUAGAAGGAUUGGUUAUUGGUCUAAUUAUUCUGGGUUAUCAGUUGUGCCACCAGAAAAACUAUAUGAAAAGCCACCUUAUCGUUCCAGUUCGAAUCAACAACUGCAUAGUGUGAUAUGGCCUGGACAAACAACCGAGACACCUCGUGGGUGGGUUUUCCCUAACAACGGAAAGCAAUUGAGAAUUGGAGUCCCAAAUCGAGUUAGUUUUCGUGAGUUUAUAGCAGAAGUGCCCGGAACUGAUACGUUCAAAGGGUACUGUAUUGAGGUUUUCACUGCUGCUCUAGACUUGCUGCCCUACGCUGUUCCAUAUAAGUUAAUGCCAUUUGGAGAUAGGGUAAAUAACCCAAGUUGCACUGAGCUUGUGCGCUUGAUCACAACUGGUGUCUACGAUGCUGCAAUAGGUGAUAUUGCAAUCAUCACUAACAGAACAAGGAUGGCGGAUUUUACACAACCAUAUAUCAAGUCUGGGCUUGUCGUAGUGGCAACUGUUCGGAAGUCGAACUCUCAUGCUUGGGCUUUCUUGAGGCCAUUUACUUGGACGAUGUGGACUGUCACUGGUAUUUUUUUCCUUUGUGUGGGAGCAGUUGUUUGGAUUUUGGAGCAUAGGAUUAAUGAUCAAUUUCGCGGCCCUCCUAGGAGACAAAUUCUCACCACUCUGUGGUUUAGCUUUUCAACUAUGUUCUAUUCCCAUAGAGAAAACACAGUCAGUCCCCUUGGUCGCAUGGUGCUUAUCUUAUGGCUAUUUGUGGUCCUAAUAAUCAAGUCCAACUACACGGCAAGUCUAACCUCAAUCCUCACAGUACAACAGCUUUCUUCACCCAUUGAAGGGAUAGAGAGUUUAAUAGCAAGCAAUGAUCCAAUUGGCUACCAACAAGGUUCGUUUGCCCGAAAUUAUCUGAGUGAUGAACUCGGCAUCCACGAGUCUAGACUUGUUCCUUUUAACUCACAAGAAGAAUAUGCUAAAGCCUUGGAAGACGGUCCAAAGAAAGGUGGUGUCGCUGCAGUGGUUGACGAACGAGCUUACAUAGAAUUAUUCCUCUCAUCCCGCUGUGAAUUUAGUAUCGUUGGCCAAGAGUUCACCAAUAACGGAUGGGGAUUUGCCUUUCCGCGGGAUUCACCUUUGGCGAUUGAUAUGUCAACUGCCAUUCUAAAACUAUCAGAAACCGGGGAACUCCAACGGAUACACGACAAGUGGCUAAUAAGAAGCGCUUGCAGUCUACAAGGCGCGAAUCAGGAAGUGGACCGCAUUCAACUCAAAAGCUUUUCGGGCCUCUUCAUAAUAUGUGGAUUAGCUUGCUUAUUUGCUUUUCUUGUGUAUUUUGCGCUUCUAGUAUGCCAGUUCACCAAGGAUUACUCUGAGUCAUCUGAUUCUUCUGGGAGAAGCUCGCAAUCAGCCCGGAUUCGGACGUUCCUUUCGUUUGUUGGGCAGUCCAAGCAGGCUCCGAAUGGAAUCACUGGUGAAAACGAAUCCACCCACUCUUCCAAGAAAAUUUGUACAGCAGUGAGUUGCAACAGAAGUGUAAGUUUUGGGGUUGGAACUAACAAGUAGUUUCUCGCUAACAGCUCUGUAAGCGAGAGCCUUGUGCAUUGGCCGAAAAAUUAUGCCAUGGUCUUGUAUUAUUAGUCGCAUUUUUGGUGAUGCUCACAAAAUUACCCGCAUCGGCCUCCGAAUAAUUACUUGCAUCGGCCACCGUUAUGAAUUCCACAAUCUAAUAUUUGGUUUUGUAUUAGUACAAUUGUAGUAAUGUUGGUCCUUCGCAGUUAGGCAUAUAUUCACCCUUGAUCCUCUGGAAGAGUCUCUAACUAGUCUCUCUGUCUCCUUGUAUAUUAAACACAACAAAUACAUAUAAAAAGUGUAUGGUUGUCAAUUUCUUCUGAA